AUGAGCACCAGCUGGCUCGCCGAAUACUCCACCGCCCUCAAAGUGCGCGACGCGCGCGAAAAAGCCCAGGAACCCUACAUAAACGCAUACACCAAGCUCGCAGACCGGACCGCGCGCCUCGAGGCCGACCGCGCCGCCGCGCCCGCCCUCGCUCCACCCACCGACGACGCAGCAGCCGCCGCGGCAGCCAAAAAGCCCGUCAGCCCCUCGCCGAGCGCGCGCUCGCGCUUCGGUCGCGCCAGCCCCGCCGUCGCCCCCGACCCCGCCCCCGACGCCGGCGACGUCCUCUCCCGCCUGCGCGCCGACCUCGCGACCACGCAGUCGUCGCGCGCGCAGCUGCAGACGCAGCUGACGGCCGUGACGGGCGAGCUGAGCGCUGCGCGCGCGCAGUCUUCCGCCCAGAGCAAGCAGGUCGCUGAACUGGGGCGGGAAAAGGCGCUGCUGGAGCGGAAGCUGCGGGACCGUGAGUCUGAAAUCAAAGGGAAGGGGAGACUGGUCGAGGAGGUGCAGGAUGAGCUUGUUAGCUUGAACCUGCAGUUUAAUAUGGCCGAGCAGAGGGCUGAGAAGCUGGAGAUGGAAAAUCAGGACUUGGUGGCGCGGUGGAUGGAGAGGAUGAAGGAGGAGGCUGAGAGAAUGAAUCAGGGGAGCGGAUGGGAGUGA